UAAAAAUAGUACGAAGAACGAUAUCGUACGGCUAAGAUUCCAAAGGACACAAACUCAUCUAGGCUAAUCAAUCGCCAUCUGGCAAUAAAAGUGAAUCCUUUCUGCCCCUGGGAUCUCCCUUUCAUUACUUGCACGCUCAGCAAUCAGCAGGAAUGUAUGCUGUUUAUCAUUCAAUUAUAUGCCUCAAAAUCAGUGUGAUCAUCCAACGGUAGUGAACCCAGUACCAAAACUGCAUUGAUCACCACCGGAUCAAAGCUCACUGCAGUGUGUUGAAACUAAACCAAGGCCCAAGGCAAGGCAUCGUUACACAGAGAAAAGGGGAGUGAGUUCAAAACAAAAAAGCGGGAUUUCUUAAAAGAUUUCUAGGGUUUAUUCCUUUUCUGCUUUUUCUUUACUGGGUUUGGUUUGUUUGUGAUUCAAAGUCUGAGGGUUUAGAGAAUGGCGAACCCGAGGUGCUAUUUAGACAUAAGCAUAGGAGGAGAAGUGGAAGGGAGGGUAGUGGUGGAGUUAUACAAGGAUGUUGUGCCCAAAACGGUUGAAAAUUUCAGGGCUUUGUGCACCGGUGAAAAGGGCAUUGGCCCGAAUACUGGUGUGCCUCUUCACUAUAAGGGUACCUGCUUUCAUCGUAUUAUCAAAAGAUUUAUGAUUCAAGGUGGAGAUAUAUCUGCUGGAGACGGAACUGGUGGAGAGUCAAUUUAUGGCUUGGAAUUUGAAGAUGAAAACUUUGAGCUAAAACAUGAAAGAAAAGGAAUGCUGUCGAUGGCUAACAGAGGUCCUAACACCAAUGGCUCCCAGUUCUUCAUUACUACCACAAGAACUCCUCAUCUUGAUGGAAAGCAUGUUAUUUUUGGGAAAGUUAUUAAGGGAAUGGGCGUUGUUCGUUCUACAGAGCUUGUUACAACUCAAAAGGAUGAUUAUCCCUCUCAGGAGGUUAAAAUUGAGGAUUGUGGAGAAAUCCCAGAGGGUGCAGAUGAUGGAGUAUCUAACUUCUUUAAAGAUGGUGAUACUUACCCUGAUUGGCCAGCUGACCUUGAUACCAAACCCGAUGCAGCUUCUUGGUGGAUGAGUGCUGUGGAUUCUAUUAAAGUGUUUGGCAAUGAAAAUUACAAGAAGCAAGACUAUAAGAUGGCUCUUAGAAAGUAUCGGAAGGCUUUGCGCUACUUAGAUGUUUGCUGGGAGAAAGAAGAUAUUAAUGAAGAGAAGAGCUCAUCUUUGCGGAAGACAAAGUCUCAAAUAUUCACAAAUAGUUCUGCCUGUAAACUAAAAUUAGGAGAUUUAAAAGGAGCACUGUCAGACACAGAAUUCGCUACGCGUGAUGAGGAUAAUGCAAAAGCUUUCUUUCGUCAAGGCCAGGCGCAUAUGGCACUUAAUGACUUGGAUGCUGCAGUUGGAAGCUUCAAGAAGGCACUGGAGUUGGAGCCAGAUGAUGGUGGAAUAAAGAAAGAGCUUGCUGCUGCAAGGAAGAAGAUUGCCGAGAGACAUAACCAGGAGAAAAGGGCAUAUGCCAGAAUGUUUCAAUAGACUUGCCUGUUUGAUGGCUCUUCGCUACCUUGGGCUAGAAAUAUCACUUUUCUCUUUGUUCACAUCUUAGGCCAUAUAGUCAAAUAGUUCAAUCUAUCUCCCCUUUACAGCUUUUUUCUGGCUCUAGGAAUGAUCAGGUACUGAUGUUAUGCUUCUGAUUUCCUCAUUGAUCAAAUCAUUUAAUGUCAGGUUGAUUUUUUUGUCUUCUUCUCUGGCAAUUUUUCUCCCCAGGAUAUUUUGGAGGACCAGAAAUGCUUGAAGAUGAUAAGGGAAGAAAAAGUCCAAGCUUGUCUGAUUUGUGUUAUUGGACUUGUCAUUUUUUGUCAAACCAAGGAUGUAGUAUUUUAUUUUCAUUGCUAUUGCUAUUUAGCCUGGUCGUGAAUUACAUUCCCAUCUGAAAUUAUCAAAACAAUCUUGUUAUUUUCUUUUCAAUACAUCUUUUUAUUUGACAUAAACUUAAUACC